AUGAAAGCGACUGAUGAAAUCACAGUUCAUAAUGUCUACGUACAAGGAAAUCUACAUUUCAACGGCACUUGCAAAAAGCUGGAUAUUGCAUUGGAGAGAGUAUCCACAAAAGAUAUAUUGGAACAUUCAGUGGGAAAGACAAAACUUUGCUUGAAAGAGUUUUCACUUGAUGAUUUGAACAAACUAAUUUUUGGACACUUUGACUUCAAUACAUGCCUCCAAACAGACGAUGAGAAAAUCGCUAGUGCGGCGCAGAUAGUCGACGUCGACUUUGUCCCAUACCUUUUGAAGGGUGGUCUUGUUAAUUUGAAACUAUGUGACGUAGCCUAA